UCAAAUACUUACCUAAAUUACUCGAAAUUCAUUGUAUGUGUUUAUUUUAUAAUGUUGAUGAGUUGUAAAAACACCUAAUUAAAAAGUUGUCACUAAAGAUUUUUUGACUGAUAAAAAUUUGUGUUUUUUUGUGGUAUUACAUUGCCAGCCCUGUGUGUCACUCUUUUCUAACCACACUAUUUUUCAAAUAAAAUGGCACAAAGUCGUUUGGAACGCAUUGGGACGAUUUAUUCAAGGGCCCAGGGUUUGAUCAAAUCGGGGGGUGUGAGAUGGGAAGAUCGCCCCCUCUGGUUCGACCUUUACGAGGCUUUUCCCCCCAAAGAAGAGCCAAAGUAUGACCGGCCCGCUCCCAACAUCCCCCUAAGACAUAUUUUUUACGAAGAGGAUAAAAUUCGAGCUAUUUUUCACAGGAAUAAUAAGAAAAUCGGUGCUACGCAUUUACUAGACACCAAAUAUAAGACCUUGACGCAGAAAUUCAUCGAGAGUUAUAGGACAAUUCAAGCCCAGUAUGGCGAUUCCGGGACUGAGGAACAAAUUUACAAGGAAGCAAUUGAUUUGUUGAAGAAGAAUCAAGAAAUCAAAAAGGACGAGGACGAUGUUAGUUUAAGUACGGCUUUUAAAGAGUCGUUAAAGGAGCAAAAAGCCAAAUUAAAAAUAAAUGUCAGUGAUAUAUUCAAAGCUUAAUUUCUUUGUUAAAAUCUAGUCUUUAUAAAGUGUUGACAUGUUGA